AUGCAAAGUGAAACUUCAGACCAAGUUCAAGAAUGUUCUGAUUCAGGUAAUCAGUUCCCUUUUUGUUAUCCAUUAUCCACAGACGUCUGGACAAAUGGAUCCACACAUAAUUUCAUUUGGAAUUUCAAUUAUCCUUUUUAUGUGGGUUAUGAACAAAUUAGUCUUUACUUGUAUUACAUUAUAAAAUACGAAUACGUGAGCGUAAAAAAUUACACGGAUCUAGACAGAGCUUCAGGUUCUGUAGAGGUCACGGUCGAUGAUUCUUGGUUCCUCAACCCAUUACCUGCCGGUUCCCCUCCCUCUAAUUUAACAAUGGUUGCCUUUUACUUACCUCCCACCUACAGUCCAUAUACCGAAAUCUCCAGUCCAAUCAGUAUGUUUCCGCGACCCUUCAACUUUACCGUCGUCCAACUGGCGCCUCCUGCUGUAAAUACAAACAAUACCAAUUCAACAACAACAAACUCCAACGAGAACAACGACAAUAGCAAUAAUAAUAACAACAAUAAUAAUAAUAACAACAACAACAACGCAUACGCAUCAUCUUCACAUCUACCUGGCUGGGCUAUUGCGGUGAUUGUGAUUGCAGUCAUUGCAUUCAUCUGCGGUGUGGCUGCCUUGAUAUGGGCCGUCUUAAUAUCACGUCGAAACAAACGUAAUAAUAAGCUAAUUCCUAUCUCUGGUGCAGCUCGUAACACAGGAAAGGGAGGUUAUAACGGUUCGAUUAAUUCACAAACUAAAGUCACUGCCUUCCGAUCCACAGACAGCGUGCCCAUGACGACAGCUAGUGCGGGUGAAAAUGCAUCGAGUAUUGGAACCUUGGCUUAUGCAGGCUAUGACAGCAGUAAUAAACUCUCUUCCACCGAUGCCGUCUUACUUGCAGAUACAUUUCGAAAUACCCUAGGAAGAUCAGCCAAUGAUUGGAACACUUCAUUGGAAGAACAAGAACAAGAAGAAUUAAAACGAAGAAGAUUAGGUGAAGUCUUACUACAACGCCAAUUAGAAGAAGAUGGUACCUCUGUUAAACAUGCUGGUCGAUUUACUAGAGUUAAAAGUUUAGCCGAUAUUCAAAAGAGUGCCGUGUUUGAACAUCCUAAAUAUUAG